AUGGAUCAAUCAACGGAAACUUCACAACCCAACUCACAACUAAUUAAAAUUGAUCUCGAGAAGGAUGCCGAUGGAAAGCAAAAAAUUCUCGAUACCAAGAUUCCCAGGGUUGCUGUAGCUGCCGUACGAGAAGUCAAAGGCGCUUCUGGGACUCGGACGGAGAAAGUUGUUUUGAAGAAAUACGAUAUUGAAGGUUUCAAUGUCCAUCAGGUUGACUACAAAACAAUCCUUCGGGAAUUCCAAAAUCUUCAAUAUUUGAUGCACGAAAAUAUUGCUACAAUGAAGGAUUCUUUUUGGAGUUUUAGCGAGAAAGGAACCUUAAAUCAUGUGUGGAUUGUCACGGAAAGAAUGGACUUCAAGCUAUCGGAUUUUUUCAGAACUGCAGCGAAAAAAGACGAUACGCCAACGCCAGCACCACGUGAUCAUCGCCAUCUCUCAUCGAUGCUUGUUCAAAUUUUACACGCACUUGACUAUUUGCAUCAACGGGGAAUCAUGCAUCGAGAUGUGAAGCCAGACAACAUUGGACUCAGCAAGCAAUUCGAUUUGAAACUUUUCGAUUUUGGAGUUGCAAGGCCAAUCAACGAUAUGAAAGAUUUGACAGAAGGCGCUUCAUCUCCCCUAUAUCUACCACUUGAAGUGCAACUAGUGGAACAGUACGAUUGGGGCGUUGACAUUUGGGCAACCGGCUUAGUCGCACUUGAUUUUCUCAAUCAUCCAUUCUACCCGGCAAGUGUGAACUCGAAACCAAAAAUCAAACAAAGGAUUCUUGAUGUUUUUGGAGUGCCAGGAAACAAGUACAAGGAAUUUUUCAAAGACAAGUUGAUACAUGAGAAGCCACGUGAUGGUAUCUUCAACGCUUUUCUGACCACAGCCUGCACACGGCUUGGACCUGCACUUGGGAAUUUGAAUGAGGAGAACUUUCAAGAUCUUCUCGGUAAAAUGCUUUGCAUCAACCCACGAAGAACUUUGGCAAGAGAGCUUCUGGAACAUAAAUAUUUGAAAGCAGUGAAUGCUGGACGCUUGAAGAAGGCAAAGGAAAAGGCAAAUCAGUGCAAAAAUACGCUCGACGAUCACGAAUCAACGCAAAAUGAACGUGACAAGGAAACGCUCAUCAAAACACUCAAAAAUUUUUCGACGCAAUUA